AGGGAGGAGACCGGAAGCAGUCAGAUUUAGAAGCCUCUGAUUGGCUGAUGUGUCUAUCUAGCCCGACGAUUUCUAACCAAUGAAAUAUGUUUCUGUCAAUCAUUGUGCGAAAAGACCCAAUCAGGGAACAGCAGCCAGCCCUCUGAAAUUAGCAUGAGCAUUCGAUAAAUCCCGGGUCAAUGAUUUUAAACACUUAUUGUGUUGUUCUGCUUACCUUGAACUAACAUGCCUGAACCAGCAAAGUCCGCUCCCAAGAAGGGCUCCAAGAAGGCCGUCACUAAGACCGCCGCUAAAGGAGGAAAGAAGCGCAGAAAGUCCAGGAAGGAGAGCUACGCUAUCUACGUGUACAAAGUGCUGAAACAGGUCCAUCCUGACACCGGCAUCUCUUCGAAGGCGAUGGGGAUCAUGAACUCUUUCGUCAACGAUAUCUUCGAGCGCAUCGCCGGUGAGUCGUCUCGUCUCGCUCACUACAACAAGCGUUCCACCAUCACCUCGAGAGAGAUCCAGACCGCCGUGCGUCUGCUGCUGCCCGGAGAGCUGGCCAAACACGCCGUGUCUGAGGGCACCAAGGCCGUCACCAAGUACACCAGCUCCAAGUAGAUCUCCGCUUCGACUCCGAGACACAAAGGCUCUUUUAAGAGCCACCCAUAUCAUCACUUAAAGAGCUUUUUGAAACUUUCAAUCGUCGUAUUUGUGUGAAUUUGUUAUAUUAACGCUUAACGGCACGAUAUUUUGAAGUGUUGUGAAGUUAAGCUCAUUUUAUCGACUCGAACCUUUGAGUAUCUUUCAGCAAAGUGAACGAAUCCCUUUCCGAGAAAUUUCGUUCAUUUGAUGAAUUCUACAUUAAAAUGUUACGUUACUUCCUAAAAGUCUACUAGUACUUAUGUAAACACUGACCACACUACGAACAAUACAAAACUAUAAUGCUAUAAGAAACAGAAAAUAUUAAUUCACUGUUUACCUGGAUCUUGAGUUAAUGAUUAGCUCACCUGUCUGACAAGUCUUCGUGUUUGACUUAACCAAUGCAGUCUGAGCCAGAAAGAUAAUUGACUAGUUCAUCCCAUGAGUCUUCGGGUUUGACUCAUCACGUGACCGACCCAUGAACUUUGACCAUAUCCUGGAGUUAACCUGGCAACAAAUUUGUGUGUAUUUAUU